CGCCCCCGCCUCCCCGCCUCCGGCACCGCCGCCGCCGCUCGCCUCCCUGGCCCUCCCGCGAGCCUCCGCGUCGCCGCCUCCUGCGCCCCGCGGCGGCGGCGGCGGCCCGGCCCCUCGCGGCCGAGGUCCUCGUCGAUCAACGGCGCCGUCGUGCAGGAGCACCCGGAGCCGUUGCUCGGGCCGAGCGGACGCGGAGGGGGCGAUGCCGGGGCGUUCGAGAAGCUCCGGAGGUGGGUGGAGUCCGCCCGGUCGGUGUUGCCCGGCGGGAGGUGGUGGGACCUGUCGGAGGGCGUGGAGGUCAAGAUGAUGGCGGAGCCGGUCACGGUGUGGCGCGCCCUGACCAGGAUGUGGGAGUUGGUCGCCAGGGACCGGUGGAUCAUUUUCGCCGCCUUCUCCACGCUCAUUGUCGCCGCGCUUUCAGAGAUCUCUAUACCACAUUACUUGACGGCAUCAAUAUUCUCGGCACAGAGUGGGAACACCGCAGUGUUUCAUCAGAAUGUGUGUCUCCUGGUUGUUCUGUGCAUCAGUGCAGGAAUAUGCAGUGGUGUACGUGGUUGCUGUUUCAGCAUUGCAAAUAUGAUCCUUGUCAAGCGAAUGAGAGAAACUCUGUACCAGUCUCUCCUUUCACAGGAUAUCAACUUCUUUGAUGGGGAAACAGUGGGUGAUUUGACUAGCAGGCUUGGUGCAGAUUGUCAGCAAGUGUCACGUGUAAUUGGCAAUGAUCUUAACUUGAUAUUGCGCAAUGCCCUUCAGGGUGCAGGUUCAUUGAUUUACUUGCUAAUCCUGUCAUGGCCACUUGGUCUAUGCACACUGGCUAUAUGCUCUACUUUGUCAGCAAUUAUGCUUAUUUAUGGCCAGUAUCAGAAGAAGUCUGCAAAGCUAAUCCAGGAGUACACUGCUUCUGCUAAUGAAGUGGCCCAAGAGACAUUCUCUCUUAUGAGAACAGUACGUGUUUAUGGAACAGAAAAGCGAGAACUCAACAGGUACACAAAAUGGCUUGAAAAACUGGCUGGCAUAAGCUUGAGGCAGAGUGCUGCAUAUGGAUUUUGGAAUUGGAGUUUCAAUACCCUUUAUCACAGUACACAGGUUAUUGCUGUGUUGAUAGGAGGAAUGUCCAUUCUGGCUGGUCAGACAACUGCAGAGCAGCUCACGAAGUUUUUGUUGUACAGUGAGUGGCUAAUUUACUCGACAUGGUGGAUUGGGGACAAUUUAUCAUCACUAAUGCAAUCUGUAGGGGCUAGCGAAAAAGUCUUCCAACUGAUGGAUCUUCCAGUGAGUGACCAAGUCAUAUCAAAAGGUUCAAAGUUGCAAAGGCUUCUUGGAUGUGUUGAGUUUCAUAAUGUCUCUUUUUAUUAUUCCUCUAGGCCUUCGGUGCCAGUUCUCAGACACGUAAACCUUUCUGUGCAACCUGGUGAAGUUGUUGCAAUCGUUGGUCUUAGCGGGAGCGGUAAAAGUACACUGGUGAAUCUGUUGCUCCGCCUUUACGAGCCAACUAAUGGUCAGAUCUCGGUAGAUGGAUUCCCCGUUCAACAGUUGGAUGUGAAGUGGUUCAGGGAACAAGUUGGAUACGUGGGACAGGAACCACGCCUUUUUCGCAUGGAUAUUACUUCAAACAUAAGAUAUGGAUGUACACACGAUGUUAAACAGGAGGAUGUGGAAUGGGCAGCCAAGCAGGCAUAUGCUCAUGAAUUCAUUUUAUCACUGCCCGAUGGCUACCAAACUCUUGUUGAUGAUGAUCUACUCAGUGGAGGUCAAAAGCAACGAAUUGCCAUUGCUCGAGCAAUUCUCAGAGAUCCAACCAUUUUGAUUCUUGAUGAAGCGACGAGCGCACUUGAUGCAGAGAGUGAGCACAAUAUCAAGGGUGUUCUUCGUGCUGAGAGAAGUAACUCGACCACAAAGAGAACUAUCCUAGUCAUUGCCCAUAGGCUUUCCACAAUACAAGCUGCGGAUAGGAUAGUGGUAAUGGACAGUGGCCAAAUCGUUGAGAUGGGCAAGCACAGUGAGCUCCUCCUCAGAGAUGGGCUGUAUGCACGACUCACCAGAAGGCAGGCGGAUGCCGUAGCGUGAUUUUGCAAAGGCGAAACACGGGUGGUUUCUCAUUCUUUCGAUGGAGUGUGCUCGUAACUUCAUUGGAUGCAAGCAUAGAAGAUCGAUCAUUAUUUUUCUUUCGUGACUGCUGACUCCUAUACGACGAUCAUUCGACAGGAGGUGCAUAAAGGUCAUGCUUGGGUGAGUUGCUGAAGGCGGCAGCUUCCCACAAAUUCGCCAGAUUAUAUGCUUCUUUUUUAUUUUCACUCUCUCGCAGUUUGUAACGAUUGGGUUUUUGGCCAUUUAGUUACAACUCGAGGAUACUGUUUCGGCGAGCAUCGGGUGCCGAUAACUCCUUUUGUAACCAAAAUGUGCACAUAUUUUUGUAUUUUUCGUUCGGGUCGUGUUUAUGAGUGGCCCAGAACGCAUGUUAAGUAUACCUAAUUAAUAGAUACUGCAUUUUUGAAUAAUGUGAUUACAAAAUAACGGGGAAAA